GGACCAGCCUGGGUUCUCAAGUGCAUGUCAAUCUCCCAUCUUGAUCGUCCUUUCCAAAUUCUUACCGUUAUUCCAUUUUCGUUUCCAUCUUCUACGAUCUCCCCAGUCUGCACUGAAAAUGGCGGAGUCCUAUGAAACGGUCAAUCCCAAGCCGAACGGAGCAUACGUCGAGGUCGCCGCAGAGAAAGACGUUGAUGGAACCUUUCCGGCGACAAAGGGUGGCUACGCCAAGGAGAGGGAGACAUUGUACGAAAUCCUUCACCAUAUGGUUUCCGCAAUUUUGGUCGCUGAUCAGGGAAACAACAGGGCACCACUGCUGCACCGGAUCAAGACCUCCGUCUCUCAAUACGCUUCUCGCAUUCCUGAGGCUUCUAGAAACACAAGUCAGGAUGUUCUUCUGUGGACCCGCCAAGGCAGCCCUCUCCGGGCUCUCCUUGUCGUCUCUGUUGGGACGAUCACUCUUGUUUCUUUGACAGGGUUGUUUGUCUUUCUGCUUUUGGUUCUGGCUGCAACUUUCAAUGCCAUUGUUAUUUCACUUUUUGUGUCUUUGGCAGUAGCAGGAGGAUUCUUGGCACUUUUCUUUGCAUCUGUAACAGCUAUAUAUAUUGGAGCAUUGUCAAUAGCCAUAUUUGCUAUUUGUACGGCUUCAUUUUGGGCAAUUGUGGCUAUACUUGUAACUACAGGUUGGGUUGGAUUCUUCUGCACCUUGUGGUUGGCUACCAGAAAGGGCUUUGAACUGGCUAAACAAUUCUUGACUGUGACUAGCUCUGCCAUAACAAAUUAUGCCGAUGCUCGGCAUCCUCUCAAGAUCGAAAACUUGGACUCAGAUUGAAGCUUAUCAUCCAGAGAAGUUAUGCACAAAUCUGUAUAUUGCUGCUUCUGUGCAUGCUUUUUGAGAAGGCAUCGUCUCCAGUAGACCAAAGUCCAAACUAGUGUGAUGUGUUGUCCAUAAUCCCCCUGGAUCUGACACGCCUGUGAUUUUGUUUAUUUUCACCAAUGAGCAAGAGAUGGUUUGGUAGUUUGAUGUUUUGUGUGAUUCGAAUAAAAUAGUGGGUUUUCUUUCCA